AUGAUUCAAGCCCACCAAGGUCAAAAAGUAAAUUUUCGUCAGGUUUGUCAUAAUUUCGCCUUAGAACAAGUUCAAUUACAAAAAGAACAAUUAAAAAAAUUAGGACUUUUCACUAAUUAUGAGGAGCAUUAUAUUACCCUAGAUAAAAAAUAUGAAGCCGAACAAAUUAGAGUUUUUGGAGAAAUGGUUAAAAAAGGUUUAAUUUAUCAAGGAUUUAGACCUAUUCACUGGUCUUGCAGUCACGAAACCGCUCUGGCCGGAGCCGAAAUAGAAUAUUAUGAAAAAAAAGAUACUUCGCUUUAUUUUAAAAUUAAACUGGCAGCAAAUUUUUUAGGAAAAGAAAAUAUUAACCUUUUAUUGGCGGCAGUCAAAAAAACCGCUACUUAUGUUUUGGUCGAAUUAGAAAAGAAAUUUUUAGGAAAAGAGUUGAUUGGUAAACAUUAUUUUCACCCUUAUCGAAAAGAUAAUAAAGGCUACAUAGUAUCGGGUGAUGAGUUUAUUCAAGAAGAAGAAGGUACUGGUGUCGUUCACCUAGCACCGGCUUUUGGAGCCGAAGACUUUAUGGUGGCCAAAAAGGAAAAAUUAAUAAUUGAAUGUCCUAUGGAACCGAAUGGAAUUUUUAACCAAAAGAUUGGAGUUUUAGAAUUAGUUGGUAAACAUUAUUCAGAAGUAAAUAAUUAUGCAGUGACUGACCUAGAAAAAAGGAAUUUAGUAGUUAGGAAAAAAGUAAUUAGUCAUAGUUAUCCCCAUGACUGGCGAGAUAAAAAUCCCUUAGUUUAUCGAGUACCGAUUCCAGUCUUAUAUAAAAAUAAUGAGCCAAUACUUAAUACUGAGAUUAUUGAUUAUGUGGCGGAAAUAGUUGCUAGUCGCGGUUCGGAUGAUAAAGAAACAGUUUUAGGAACUGAUAUCAUGGAUGUUUGGUUGGAUAGCGGAGUUUCGCAUUGGUGUGUUUUGAAGGGAAAAAGAUUAAAAUUAUAG